CCUGGAAUGAGAUACCACAGGAGGACAUUGACCACCUGAUCAGAAGCAUGCCUAGGCGCGUUGGAGAAUGCGUAGCACAUCAGGGUGCAUCCACACAUUAUUAAAGGUAAGGAAAAGCUGCCAAAUGGCACAGAGCUACCUCUACCACCGGUAGUAUUAGGCUCUCUGAUUAGCAAUCCUCAGAAAAAGACUGUGCUCAUCUACGGGCAUAUCGAUGUCCAACCUGCUGCCAAAGAAGAUGGAUGGGACACAGAUCCUUUCGUGCUCACUGAGAAGAAUGGGAAACUGUAUGGGAGAGGAUCGUCUGAUGAUAAGGGGCCUGUCAUCUGCUGGUUACACGCUAUCGAAGCCUAUCAAAGCCUGGGCUUGGAACUUCCUGUGAACGUAAAGUUCGUUUUUGAGGGAAUGGAGGAGGCGGGCAGUGAAGGUUUAGAUGAUUUGCUGGAGGCCGAAAAGGACAAAUUUCUGUCUGACGUAGACUACGUCUGCAUCUCCGACAAUUACUGGCUGGGCACCGAGAAGCCUUGUAUCACGUACGGUCUUAGGGGAGUUUGCUAUUUCUACAUAGAAGUUGAAUGUGCUGACAAGGAUUUGCAUAGCGGGAUUUUCGGAGGCACUGUACACGAAGCAAUGAACGAUCUGGUGCACCUGUUAAGCCAGCUGUUGGACAAGAAUGGCAAGAUCCUUAUUCCAGGCCUGUUCAAUGAAGUCGCUCCUCUUACAGAAACCGAGAAAACCUUAUAUCCGAAAAUCGAGUUUAACGUUGAAGAAUAUCGCCAAAAUAUCGGAGCUAAAAAGCUGUUGCUCGAUACUAAGGAGGAUAUACUGAUGCAUAGAUGGAGGUAUCCGGCUCUGUCUCUUCAUGGAAUAGAGGGCGCAUUCAGUGAUCCCGGCCAAAAAACUGUAAUUCCCAGGAAAGUGAUAGGAAAAUUCUCGAUAAGGAUCGUUCCGAACCAGGAACCUGAGCAAAUUGAAAAGUACGUCGUAGAUUACGUUCAGAAGAAGUUUGCCGAGCUUGGGAGUCCCAACCAGAUGAAGGUACAAAUGGUUCAUGGUGGUCCAACUUGGAGCGAAGACCCAACCCAUCCUCAUUACCAAGCAGGUGUCAAGGCCACAAAGCACGUUUACGGCGUGGAACCUGACAUGAGCAGAGAGGGCGGGUCCAUCCCUGUAACGUUGACGUUGCAAAAAGCCACCGGGAAGAAUGUGCUGUUAUUGCCUGUCGGUGCUGGUGACGAUGGCGCACAUUCGCAAAAUGAGAAGAUCGAUAUCAGGAACUAUAUUCAAGGGACUAAAUUAUUGGCUGCCUACCUCUAUGAAGUCUCACAGUUGUGAAACAGAUCAAAUACGAACGAUGAAUUUUUAUAGAUCAAAUACGCAUAUUGCAUUUUUAUAAUUAAAAUAUUAUAUUCUUCGUUGGAAUUGAAAAAUGUCGAAUUUUCGAGCAUUUUAUUUUUGUUUACGUACACUUCAAAUAAAUAUAUUUCGAACAUCUCGACUAUUGGUUCUUUCGUAGAAUUUGCGGUGCCCUUUGAAACUUCAAUACAUAAGCCCACUUGCUCUUGGUUGUAUGAAGAGGUGGCAUGGUGAUUUGCGCCUUGUCCUUUGCUGUUGUGAACUGAAAAAGAAAC